GGCAAAAAUUUGGGAGUUUGUGACCCAAAUCAUAUGUUCUUCUUACACCCUGACACACACCAUCCGCUUCAUUCUUACGCCAACUUUUUUGUCCCUUAAUUCGAAUCUCAUCUCCCUCUAUUUCUCUCCCAUUUCUCAUUCUCUCAAUCUCAUUCUCAUUCUUAUUCUCUCUCCUAUUUUCAAAACAAACCCAGAAAUUCUUUCGAUCAAAGAAGAAGAAGAAAGAUGUCGUGGCAAACUUACGUUGAUGAUCACUUGAUGUGUGAGAUUGAUGGGACUGGUCACUAUCUUACUGCUGCAGCAAUUCUGGGUAUUGAUGGAAGUGUUUGGGCUCAGAGUUCUACCUUCCCUCAGUUUAAGCCAGAUGAAAUAGCUGCUGUUGUGAAGGAUUUCGAGGAGCCCGGUACCCUUGCACCGACCGGGUUGCACCUUGGUGGGGCUAAGUACAUGGUUAUUCAAGGUGAACCUGGGGCUGUUAUUCGUGGAAAGAAGGGCCCCGGUGGAAUUUGUGUUAAGAAGACCGAUCAGGCUUUGGUCGUUGGUAUCUAUGAUGAGCCUGUUACCCCUGGUCAGUGCAACAUAAUUGUUGAAAGGCUGGGUGAUUAUCUCAUUGAACAGGGCCUCUAAAUAUUUUGGUUAAUAUUUACAUAUUUGACAUACACAACGAGCUUGGUGUGGAUUGCUGCUCGGGAUUGGCAUUUUAAUUUUUUUUUUUUGUUUUCUAUUUUUCUUUUUCGCUCCUUAGAAGGGGUAAAUGUUAGAUUGUCUGGCAUAAGUUUAUGACAGGAAAGGUUUUGGUGUUUCUUGUAUGAAUUAUUUGCCAUUAUCAUGAAUCAUGAUGUAUUGAUCCUUAUGAUUCUCAUUUCUUAGAACAUUUGCUUCCUAAAAAGUUUGAAAGUACAUACUCUUGUUCAGAGUGAGAAAUCAAUGUCAUGGAACUGGCAACUUUUUUGUGAAUUUUUUUAUUAGUAUUGUUAAAGGCAUAGUUAAUCAAAGCAACAUCAACUUUGUGUAUGAAA